AUGGAAAAAUAUUUUAAGAAAGGAGUUAUGUUUAACAUAGCUUUUUAUAUAAUAAAAAGUUUAAUAGUAUUAAUUCUUUCUAGAAACAUACCUAAAGAGGCACCGGAAAGAAUAAAAAAUGAAAUAAACAUAAGAGUUCUUAGAUUAUUUGUAAUAUUCCUAUGGAUAUAUAAAACACGUAUAGAUGGUUUUAUAAAUUUAGAUACUAUAAGAUUUACUACUUUACAUAUCAACUUAAUUUCCUUUUAUGGCGUAGCUGAUUUAUUUUUUACAAUAAGAUUAUUUACCGAUUUAAAAGAAUUUGAAAAUCAAACAAGGUAUUAUUAUAUCUAUUUCGUAACACUAUUUGUGCUUUUUAUUAUUGAAUUGAGAUUUAAUUCUAAACUUACUUAUGAAAUAAGUUUUUUUAUGUUUGAAAAUUACAAUCGUAUUUCACCAAAUCCUGAUGUGUUUAGUGCAAUUAAAAUCAGACAAUUUAAUUUUGUAGUAUUAUCAGGAUUAGAGUUAUUAAUUGCAUUAGAUUUUGCAUUUUUAUUUUAUGCCUUUGCAUUUAAUCUAAACUACAAUUAUGAAACAACUGUUGAUUUAGAAGAGGUUUAUCCGAUAAUCGAGUCUAUUUUUACAAUUAAAGGAUUUAUACAGUUAUUCAUAAAAGUAUGUCUUUAUGUUUUAAUUCAUGUUGAAUUUAAAAAAGAAAAACCUUUAACAAGAAAAUUGAUGAUCGUUAGUUAUUCAUUUAUUUUAAUAUUUGAUUUAAUAGCAGAUAUUAUUGGAAUUUUUAUAAGAAAAGCAAUAAGAAUUAAAACAUUAAUCAAAACAGGAACAGUUAUAAUAUUAUAUUCUGCUGGUAUCUAUUUUGCAUAUAAAGAUUAUAAAUAUCUAUACAUAAAGGUUACUCAAAGGUUAAGUAAAUUUAAAAAUAACAAUUUACAGAAAAGGUUUGAAAUUUGUUAA